AGGCCUUAGUUCAUGACCAACAAAGAACUUUAAUACGUACAUGAAGAUAGCAAAUUGCAAUUUAAGGCUGAAUUUUGUUUGCAUUUACCUUAAUACUAACAUUGAAACCGAACAUAAACAUGUUAAUUACAUCUUAUUUCUAUACUAAGAAUGGUUAUUGUAGGUUCUUUUUGGCGCACAUAUACAAACAAGUUCAGUGAUGUAUCUGUUUCUUGAACUUUGUAGAUGAACCGUAAGCAAGUCCAAAGUGCUAUCAAGAUAAAGAACAUGAACAAGUUUCAUGUAGCUUUCAAGUUUCAAACAACCGCACCUAGAAGUUGUUUCACGGGUCCUCCGGGUGCUAUUUUGACUCCAGUUUUCCAGUUUGUGGAACCUCCAUAUAACAAUGAAAAACCAACAAAACAGAAGAAAAAAGUGAAAUUUAAGAUCAUGAGUCUGAAAGUGAAAGGAGUCAUCGACGUACCCGAGCUAGUAAGUCACACACCCUUUUCUUAGACACAUACUAUGUAUGUAGCUGCUAUGGACCUAGUUUCAUGGAUGCUAUAUAAAAUUUUGUGUUUUAAUCAAGUUUGAUGAGCUGAUAGAUCUAGUAGCUGUGGAACAGAUAGUGCAAGUUGUUUUCCUAGAUGUGGCACAUCCAAGCCCAAUUGGUUCUUGAUAAUAUAGUUUAGUUUUAUAUAUAGAUUUUAGA